AUGUCAGCACCAGCUUCCUCCGCAGCAUCGCGGCUACCCGCGGAGCUGUUGGCGUACAUCAUCGAGCUGUCCAUUCUCACCUCGACGCCCUCCCCUCGGCGCGCCUCUUCCAACUCGACCCAUUCGCCGGGUUCGCCAUUCACCACGCCACUCCGCGCGACCUUUGCCUCGUCCCACUCGUGGACAGCUUCACUGCUCUACGUCUCGCGCUUCUUUUUCAGGGUCGCUCGACCGAUACUGUUGCGGACGCUCACGCUCGGCUCCCCCACCGCGGCAAGAGCGUUUUUGGCAACAGUUCCGGAGUGGGGGAUGGUGCAGCGCGCAUGGUUGGGCAACGUGGCCCACCUGAACGGCGUCGAUCCUCUCACGUUGAGAUUACAAGAAGCAGGAUGGUACGAAGAGGGUAGUGGGGGCUUUGUGGUCGGCCAUGCGUACGCGUCCAGGUCCAAGGUGAGGAGGAAAAGGAGGGUGGGAGAACGGGAGAGGAGGUUUAGGAGUGUGAGUGUCUACUGGGCGGAAGAGCAACUGAUGGAGGAGGUGAGCGAUUCACAGCGCUCCAGUGGCGAGAGCGACGACGACGCUACUGGGACAUCGCCACCGCCGCGAAAUGCGCAAGGAGAGGUGGCAGGACCAUCAAGAGCACCUCACCAGCCAGAAGAGCAAGCGGCCUGGCAAACACUCUACUCGCGCAGACGCAGGUCUUCACCGACCAGCGUAAGAGGUCAACCGUCGAACGGCGUGCCAACAACGUCGAUCGUAGGUAGUCAAGCGGGACCGGCAGAGGGCGACUUGGACCCGUGGGACAUGAUGGAUGCGCAGGAACGACUCGCUGCUCUCGCCGCCGAUCCCACUCCCUCCUCUUUCGACUCAGCAGACACACAGCUCUCGCCGCAUCUCGACAUCUCUACCACCUCUAAUCCACCAGACACCAUCUCUCACCCACCAAUACACCCUCCUCUGCGGCAAAGACGAGAGAUCUACGCCUACCACCUGACACUAGCCACCCUGGAACCCUUUAUCAACCCCCUCCUGUCCUCCAUCCGCUCGCUUCGACUCAUCACCCUCACCUUCUACCCAGGUCACCUGCUGGACGAUGACAAGCUGGAACAUACGCUUCGGCGCAUUCUCUCCCCGAACGAAUGCCCGCGAUUGGAGACGCUGCUGAUCCGGAUCGUGUUCGACGCGGCCAGUGCGGGGAGCAGAAUGCGUCGGUUCGAACGGACAAAGACCAUCGCAGGGGCGGUGGAUCGCAUUGGGGAUGAAAGAGUACGGGUCAUGUUGGUUAACAAUCGGGUUGGUGAGGGGGAGCUGGUUGUUCAGACGGGGGAAAGUGAGGUUAGUCCGAUCAGUAGGAAGGCGAUCAAUGUUACGUUGGAAGGGUGGUGGGCAAGGGUUCUGCAGGGUAAUCAUCAUCAGGAGUCACACCAGAGGGCAGCAGGAGCAGGCGAAAGGACGGAAGGGCAAGUAGAAGAGGCAGAAGAGGCAAAGGUGAGGAAAGAACGUCAGCUGUCGGAUUGGUCCAUGUUCUUCCCCCCGAGUCAGCACGCCAACCCAACCCAUCUGGUGGGGUUGGUCCAGCACUGCGAUCCCUGGCCAGACUGUCCGGUGCCCAUCGCGUAG